CUCUAUCUACUCUCUAAUCACUACUUCAGCUUCAAGUCUGUCUUAACCGGUCAUGUGAAAAUGGCUUUCGUUAGGUUGUGUGAUCGCAGAACCUCAAAGUUUCUGAAAAUCCUAAGUAUCAUUCUGAUGACUACGUUUCUCUCAGUGGUCCUUUAUGAAACUGGCUCUCGCAGACAGUCCAUACCGGACCUGGUCAUCCCAGAGCAGUUUUCCCUGGACCUGCCUGGGUGCUUGGCUAUCAUCACUGGAGAUGUAGGUGUAAAGAAGAAGGAAGUGGAAACACUUUUGAUGUCCAGGACGAAGAAGACAUUUCUAUCUCCUGAAGGCUAUCUGAAUCUGACACAGGACUGUCCAAGUUUCACCACAGUAAGAGGCUUCAUCACAACUCCUCAGAGUAAAGAGGAGAAGGACUUCCCCAUCGCUUAUUCCAUAGUGAUCCAUGAAAAAAUCGAGAUGUUUGAACGACUUCUGCGAUCCAUCUACGCUCCUCAGAACGUCUACUGUGUGCAUGUGGACCAGAAGUCGCCGGAGGAAUUUCACAAGGCCGUGGCGGGGAUCGCUGCCUGUUUUCCCAACGUGUUCAUCGCCAGUAAGUUAGAAAACGUCGUGUACGCGUCUUGGACCCGAGUCCAAGCUGAUCUGAACUGCAUGGAGGAUCUGCUGAAGUCCAGCGUCAAGUGGAAGUAUCUGCUGAACACCUGUGGCACAGACUUUCCCAUUAAAACCAACGGCGAAAUCGUACAGGCACUGAAGACCUUGAAUGGGAGGAACAGCAUGGAGACGGAGAACACCAUCGACUACAAGAAGCCACGGUGGCAGUAUCACCACGAAGUUACGGACUCCAUCGUUAGGACAGAUGUGACGAAAAGUCCUCCACCUAUACGCAGCCCGAUGUUCUCAGGUAAUGCCUACAUUAUUGUUUCCAGAGAAUUUGUGACUCAUGUGAUGCGGGACAAAGAAGCGCAGAAAUUCAUUGAGUGGGAGAAGGACACGUACAGCCCAGACGAACACAUGUGGGCCACGUUCCAGAGGAUGCCCUCGGUCCCCGGAUCUGUACCAGCCAACAUUAAGUACGAUGUAUCCGACAUGCAGGCUUUAGCUCGGGUGGUCAAGUGGAGCUACCUGGCCGGUGACGUGAACAACGGAGCUCCGUACCCUCACUGCACCGGUGCCUACAGACGAGCGGUGUGUGUGUAUGGAGCUGGUGACAUCUUGUGGCUCUUUAGACAACAGCACCUGUUUGCCAACAAGUUUGAUCCAGAGGUUGAUGACACUGCUAUUAGAUGUAUAGAGACGGUGUUACGUUUCAAGUCUUUAGGUCAUGACCCGCUGGCACCGUUCGUUUCUUCCCUUCUGUGAUAGCCACUGUCAUGACUGUUCGAACUGAGGCGAUACACCCGAUGGAGAACUCUGUGGUGGGUAUAAAUUGAAUGUUAUUUAUAUUUCAAGUUAUGUGACUUGAGGUCCACAAACUUUGGAAAACAAAAAUAAUUGUUUUAAAAGCCUAAAAUAAUUUCUGGAAGUCUCCCUCAAACCUGGGCUGAACUGUUCUAAUCCAAGAUCCCUCCCAUCUCCCCACCGCCCAUUCCCAAACAUUCCCAAAUCGAAAUCCAUAAUAUCAAAAAAGUGCAGUCGUGCUGCCUUAUUUGAACACCUUGUCACCUUGAAAAUGUUUCUGUUGUUUGUCACUCCGCACCUGUGGGUCUGCUCCACACUUUAACUGGUUUAUUUAAGAGCCAGACUAGUAGUAAAUUACACUAUGUCCAUCCAACUCUGAUUUUUAUUUUAAAAAUGUUUACAAAUUUCUGCAGAGGUGUAUAGUUUUAUUUGGAUAUUUUCCUUGUCUUUAAUGUUUACUUUACUUGUCAAACUCCAGUCUGUACCUUGUGUAUUAUUGUAUAUCCUUGAUUUAAGUUGCUCCAGCCCAAGCACAAUGCACUUGUCCAUUACUUGUCUAUUUUUUUUAUUGUGAGUUGAAAUAAGGAGAUGAACUAUCAUCUGUGUAGAAAAAAAGAAGUAAUAAAAAAUCUAAGCUGUUUAAAUGAACGUGUACUCUUCAUGACAAAGAUUGUGAUUCUUCCUUGUUUUUGUGAUUUUUUUUCCAGCAAGUUAAAUUUUUAAAAAUAUAUUGUCAGCAAGAUACUGGACUGAAACAUGGUGUUUCAAAGUUUUAAUUACUAUUUAUACUAUUCAUUUCUUAUUGUUAUGGGAUUUUUAAUGCCAAUAAAACUGCUUUUUAAGC